AUGAAACAACAUGGAUUUACACCCGUGGAUAGUGAUGAGUGUUUUGAGUUCAUUAGAGGUGAUCGAUCAAUGGUGGUUGUGAGAAUAGGAGACAGGAACAACAGUACAGCAGUGGAUGAGAGUCAUUUUAGUGAUCGUGGAAUGAGAUUGUACAGUGAAACAAGAAGUAUUAGUAGACCAAAUCAUGAAGUAGAAGACUACAGAAUAACAUUCUAUAGGAAACUAACUCACCAAUAA